CCUUUUGAUUGCCACAAAACAAUAACAAACUCAAGGGUUAAUCGCACCUCAAGCUGUCAUGCGUCACGUCUCAACAAAAACAAACGAAGGAUCAGGAAAAUUGGAAAUCGCUCACUAAAUCGGUCACUAAAUUGCGAUGAAGGAAGAAGGAAAGCCAUCCACGUUCAACGCAACGCAGAAUAUUUACGGAUUCAUCCAGGAUGUUCGGUUGAGACGGACUACGGGCUCGUACAAGCUGACUUCCAAGACGCUCUCGUUGCUGACGGAGCUGGUGGCGAAGGAAAAGUGGAACACAGCGGAGGAUCUGCUGGCUGUGAUACGAUCGCAGGGUGUUAUCCUUUCGCAGGCAUUGCCCCACGACAUCGUCAUCGCCAACACGAUCCGCCGGGUGAUGAAAAUCGUCCGGGAGGAGUACGACUCACCGCGUGUGAUGAACGUGGACGACGCACAGAGCAUCCUGUCGCUGCACAAGCUCGUAACGCAGGGAGCGGAUCCGGAACGGGGUGAUUACUCGAAACCGAUGCCGGGACUGAAGAACGCUCUGCUCGAUCAUCUGUCCGAGAUCGAGACGGAGUUGGAGACGACGGCGGAAAGCAUUUCGAUGCAGGCCGCGGAACACAUCCACUCGGCGGAACUGAUCAUGACGAUCGGGUAUUCGCGUGCGGUGGAAAAGUUCCUCAAGAAAGCGGCCGAAACACGACCGAUCGAGGUGGUGGUGAUCGAGUGUGCACCGGAUUGCCGGGGCCAGCAGCUAGCGGCCAAUUUGGCGCGAGCCAAGAUUCAAACUACGCUCAUCUCGGAUGCUGCCGUUUUUGCGAUCAUGUCCCGUAUCAACAAGGUCAUCAUUGGCACACACUCCGUGCUGGCCAACGGCGGUUUGCAGGCCGUCUGUGGUACGUACAGUUUGGCUCUGUCCGCGAAACACUUCUCGGUGCCGGUGGUAGUGCUGGCCCCAACGUACAAGCUCGCUCCGGUGCAUUUGUGUAAUUACGAGCAGGGCGAUUUCAACAUUCUCGGCAACACGGAAGCGAUCCUGCCUUUCCGCUCGCAAGCGGCCCGCUUUACGAAGGUUUACAAUCCACUCUUCGAUUACGUACCACCGGAACUGGUGACACUGUUCAUCACGAACAACGGAACGAAUGCUCCGUCGUACAUUUACCGUCUGAUCAGCGAAUUGUACCAUCCCGACGACAACCAACUGUGAACGAUACCUGCUCAAAGCUAAAAGUGAGACUUAAAAUUUGAGUGUGUGUAACUGGACCGGAGCUAUGGAAUGUUCCGAAUUAAUAAGAAUAUAUUUGAAGAGUA